AUGGUGGAUUAUGACAUCAAGUCGCAACUGGAUCUGCUCAACGAAUACUUAGACAGAGAGAUGGAAGGCGUCAAGACUCGGUAUUUCGUCGUCAAACCCGAUGGCAAGGGAAGCAACGGCAAUCGUCCGACGAACGUCGAUCGAAAUGCCUCGACGAGCCGUGCAGACGGAUCGCCCUACGGCUGUGCCUCGGAUCGUCAGUUGCCGCCAUCCCCAUUGUGCUACAAAAGCAACAACGUGUCAUUUCCACAGACGGUCACCAAGAAAAGGAGCAAUGCCAUAGACAUCAUUGACCCAGAGACCGGCGAAAAGUUACAAUUAUUAUGA